AUGAAUUCCUUCGUCCUUGUUGCUCUUUUCGCCGUCUUUGCUGCUGCUAACGCGGGAAUACUACCAGCUGCCCCAUUGGUGUCUACCUACGCUGCCGCUCCAGUGGUUUCAGCUUACUCUGCUCCCUUGUUAAGUACAGGACUAGUUGGUGAACAAACUGUAAUAGCAGGACCUUCAGGAACCAUCGCCACCGGAAAGACACUUGCCGCUCCCACUUUGACAGCUUACACCGCCCCCGCUGUGGCUGCCUACGGCGCGCCCAUUGUGUCGUCCUAUGCUGCUCCCGCCGUCAUUGCCCGCACCAUCUGGUAA